AUGGUCAAGGAGGAGAGUGGAUGGACAGAAAGGAAGAAGAGUCAUGUUAAAGAAAAGGAGUUUCUGCACCAUUACAACCCACUGCAGGUUGAUCUUGACCAAACAGGAAAGUGGACAGAAGAGGGUUUAGACAUCUGUGCCACUUGCCACGAACAUGCCACCUGCAAGCAAAGAGAAGGAAAGAAGAUGUGUGUUUGCAAGUAUGGAUUUGUGGGCAAUGGGAGGACUCAGUGUGUUGAUAAAGAUGAGUGCCAGUUCGGGACCACUGUGGUCUGCGGGAACCACACAUCUUGCCACAACACGCUCGGAGGCUUUUAUUGCAUCUGCCUAGAAGGAUAUCGAGCCACAAACAACAACAAGACAUUCAUUCCCAACGAUGGCACCUUUUGCACAGACAUAGAUGAGUGUGAGAUUUCCGGCCUGUGUAGGCAAGGAGGACGGUGUGUGAACACUCCUGGGAGCUUUGAAUGCUACUGUAUGGAUGGAUACUUACCAAAGAGUGGACCUGAGCCUUUCCACCCGACCAGAGAUGCCACGUCAUGCACAGAAAUAGACUGUGGCACCCCUCCUGAGGUCCCAGAUGCCUAUAUCAUAGGAAAUUAUACCUCUAGGCUGGGCAGCCAGGUUCGUUAUGCUUGCAAAGAAGGAUUUUUCAGCCGCCUGGAAGAUACAGUUUCAAGUUGCACGGGCUUGGGCACCUGGGAGUCCCCAAAAUUAAAUUGUCAAGAGAUCAGCUGUGGCCACCCUCCGGGGGUGCGGCAUGCGGUCCUGGUGGGGAACCACAGCUCCAGCCUGGGCAGUGUGGCUCACUACGUCUGUCAAGAGGGCUUUGAGAGCACUGGAGGAAAGAUCACUUCCGUCUGCACAGAGAAAGGCAUCUGGAGAGAAAGUACUUCGACAUGCACAGAAAUCAUUACAGAAAUUAAUGAUGUAUCGGUGUUUAAUGACACUUGUGUGAGGUGGAAAAUAAACCCAGGAAGAAUUAACCCCAGGAUGGUAUAUGUGAUACACGUACAAGGACACCGGGUGGACCCUGUGGAAUCAGUUCACGAGGAGACAGUCAACCUGACCACAGACAGCAGGACCCCAGAAGUGUGCCUAGACCUGCACCACGGCACCAACUACACCGUGAGCAUCGCCACUGCGCCUCCCAUUCGCUCCGUGCCAGCCAUCAUUGGGUUCCAGACAGCAGAAGAUGAUCUCUUAGAAGAUGAUGGGAUUUUCAAUAUCUCAGUAUUUAAUGAAGUAUGUUUGAAAUUGAACCGGCAUUCUAGGAAAGCUGGAUCAGAACAAAUGUACCAAUUUAAAAUUCUGGGUCGAAGGUGGUAUCUGAGGGCUGUUUGUCACGCAACAUCAUUUAACUUCACAACGGGGGAACGAGCUUCGGUCGUGUGUUUAGACCUGUACCCGGCGACUGAUUACACGGUGAAUGUCACCCUGCUGGGAUCUCCUAAGCAGCACUCGGUGCAAAUACUGAUAACAACUGCUCCGGCAGUUAAACAGACCAUCAGCAACAUCUCAAUAUUUAAUGAAACCUGCUUGAGAUGGAGAAAUAUGAAGAUAGCUGAUAUAGAGGAAAUGUAUUUACUCCACAUUCAGGGCCAGAGAUGGUAUCAGAAGGAGUUUGCCCAGGAAAUCACCUUUAACAUCACUAGCAGCAGCCAGGCUCCCGAGGUGUGCUUGGACCUGCGUCCGGGUACCAACUACAGUGUCAGCGUUUGGGCUUGGUCUUCUGCCCUUCCCGUGGUCAUCUCCCUGACAACCCAGAUAACAGAGCCUCCCCUUCCGGAAGUAGAUUUUUUCAUAGCACAUGGAAGGCCUCUACCACGCCUAAAACUGAGGAAAGCCAAGGAGAGCAACGGACCUAUCAGCUCCUAUCAGGUGUUGGUGGCUCCCCUGGCCCUCCAAAGCACAUUUUCUUGUGAUUCUGGAGGGACUGCCUCAUUCUUUAGCAAUGCUUCUGAUGUUGAUGGAUACGUGGCUGCAGAACUACUGGCCAGAGAUAUUCCUGAUGACGCCAUGGAGAUAGCGGUUGGCGACAGGCUGUAUUAUGGGAAAUAUUAUAAUGCGCCCUUGAAGAUAGGGAAUGAGUAUUGCAUUAUAUUACGAAUCACAAGUGAAUGGAAUAAGGUGAGAAGAUGCUCCUGUGCAGUAUGGGCUCAGGUGACAGAUUCAUCACUCACGCUGGAGCAGGUGGUAGGCGUCGGGCUGGGCUCCGUGGCCGUCGUGAUGGUUCUCGCAUUCCUCUCCUUCUUAGCAGUGUGACUGCAGAUGGGAGCUGCGUGGGGAAGAUGCACUGCUUCUGGGGCAGAUGUUAUGACAGCGUCUCAGGUGCCUGCACAGAGCACCUUCCAUCAGGUGUGCGUGGGGGCCUGCGGAUGCCCUCCAUUCCCAGCUUGACCCCAUUCCUGUAUUCGAGAUGGUGACUAUCUCUAUGGAACUCCCCAAAAGGAGGAAACUGAGGAAUUGCUGACGUCUUCCCUGCUCCGUGACCAGUUCUGUGUCUAUGAACUUGAGAUCUUUGAUCUAUGAUGGAAUAUUGACCACAGGCUGCAGACCAUGUGGGCUGGGCCUGCAUCUUCUUCUGAGUGAUGCUGAGAGACAGCACCUCUGGACACUGAAUGCAAGAGGGUCUCUGCGUCUUCGUUUAUAGCAUCUCUGUCCAUUAAUUCAGAAUCCAUUCUUUUACAAUAAGCAGUGGGAUGGACUUAAGUUUGGAUUAAAAUUUGACUUUAUGGAAAAGGUCAUUGACAAGGAUAGAGAUCAUUGACACAGGCGAACUUGUCAAACACUUUAGAAGCAGCCCUUUGCCUAUAAUUAAUUGACCUCUGAUUGGAGAGUAUACUAGCCUGGUCAUGCCAAUAAGUUCCUCAAUGUCUGUCUGAUGCAGCCCCAUUAGUCUUAUGUAUUCAAAAGCCAUAAGUGUUUGUUCCAGUAAAAAUAUUUUGUGAAUUUAAACAAUUCUCUUGAAUAUGAAUAUUUACAGCAGCCUUGGUUAAUUUUAUUUUUAAUUAAUGAGGGUCUCAUAAAAAUGCUCCAUGGCUCCUCGUAGAUUCAGUGGGCACGUAGUAACACCAGAUUAAAACAAUAUCAAA